AUGGCCCAUGUUCACGAUGUUGGCGUCAAGCAGCAGCUUGUUGACAAGGUGCCCAAGCGCUUUCGCGGCAUCAAGUUUGGUAUUCAGUCCAACCAAGACAUCUCCAACCAGGCCGUGACCGAAAUUUCCAACCGAUUGCUCUACGACAUCGAAAACAACCGCGCGCCCUACCAGAAUGGACCCCUCGACUACCAGCUCGGCACCUCGAGCAAGACGGGUAAGUGCGCUACUUGCAACGAGUCUCUGCAAAACUGCAACGGCCACUUCGGAUACGUCAGGCUUCCUCUGCCCGUCUUCCACGUAGGCUACCUGCGCUUCAUCAUAUCCAUCCUGCAGGAGAUUUGCAAGGACUGCGGCCGAGUCCUGCUCGAGGAGCCCCAGCGCCGACAGUUCCUCUCCGAGCUCCGCCGACCCUUCAUCGACAACCUCCGACGCACACAGAUUUGCAAAAGGAUCAACGAGCAAUGCAGAAAGACCAAGAAUUGUCCCUACUGCGGCUCUGUCAACGGACAGAUUCGCAAGUUUGGUGUCUUGAAGCUCGUCCACGACAAAUUCUCUUCCUACAACAAGUCCACAGCCAUCAAAAAAGUCCCCCCGGAAAGCAAGAUUCUCUUUGACCUGUCAUUUACCGAAGCGAAGCGCGAGAACCCAGAGAUAGAAAAGCAUCUUCGCAAGGCCAUGGAGGAUCUCAACCCCCUCCGGGUCCUGAACCUCUUCAAGAUGAUCACCGCCACUGACUGCGAGCUGCUCGGUCUUAACGCCGCCGAGGGCCGGCCAGAAAUGUUCAUCUGGCAGUUUCUGCCUGCGCCGCCCGUCUGCAUCAGGCCAUCCGUCGCACAGGACAAUGCAAGCAACGAAGAUGACAUCACCACAAAGCUGGCUGAUAUUGUCUGGGUUAGUGGCAUGAUUCGCUCGGCCCUGCAAAAGGGAUCUGCCAUUCAGACAAUCAUGGAACAGUGGGAGUAUCUGCAAACCCAGAUUGCCAUGUACGUCAACAGCGACGUUCCUGGCCUGCAGCAGCCUGGUUUUGGUAAAGCCAUGCGAGGAUUCUGCCAGCGUCUCAAGGGCAAGCAGGGUCGAUUCCGUGGUAAUUUGUCUGGUAAACGUGUCGACUUUUCAGGCCGAACUGUCAUCUCCCCCGAUCCCAACCUGGGUAUCGAUGAAGUCGCCAUUCCCCAACUCGUUGCCAAGAACCUCACAUACCCCGAAAGAGUGCAACGCCAAAACAUGGCCAAACUGCGGGAAUGCGUCAAGAACGGUCCCGAUGUCUGGCCGGGAGCACAGAGCGUCAUCAAGAUGGACGAGGGUGGCUACAAGAUCAAUCUCAAGUUCGGUAAUAGGAAUAUGGUAGCGCGAGAUUUACGAAUUGGCGAUGUCGUCGAGCGUCACAUUGAAGACGGCGAUAUUGUACUGUUCAACCGUCAACCUUCCCUACACAAGCUCAGUAUCAUGAGCCAUCUUGUCAAGGUGCGCCCUUGGAGAACCUUCCGUCUAAACGAGUGUGUUUGCAAUCCCUACAACGCCGAUUUCGACGGUGACGAGAUGAACCUUCACGUCCCGCAGACAGAAGAAGCUCGCACCGAAGCCAUUACACUCAUGGGUGUCAGACACAACCUCACGACCCCCAAGGACGGUGCUCCUAUCAUUGGAGCAACGCAGGAUUUCAUCACGGCUGCCUUUUUACUCAGCAGCAAAGACAGAUUCUUUGAUCGCAAGACCUUUACAUAUAUGUGCAUGCACAUGCUCGACAGCCAAACACGUCUCGACCUCCCCCCGCCUACCAUUAUUGCCCCAGUUGCGCUGUGGACCGGAAAGCAGCUCUUCAAUGUCAUGAUGCGACCAAACAAGGAAUGCCAUAUCAGAAUCAAUUUCGAGUCCAAGUGCAAGACGUUUUCUGGCAAGUCUAAGAAUAUACCCGACAUGGACCCCAACGACGGUUGGCUGGUCGUGCGCAAUUCCGAAGUCAUGUGCGGUGUCAUGGACAAGGCGACGGUCGGAACCGGCAAGAAGGACUCCGUCUUUUACGUCAUGCUGCGUGAUUUUGGAGCAGACCAUGCCGCAACUGCUAUGAAUCGCCUGGCCCGACUCUGCGCCAGAACUCUGACAAACCGGGGCUUCUCCAUCGGUGUCGGUGAUGUUUGUCCCACUGCAAGCCUUACUGCAGAGACGGAGCGUCUUGUGUCGAUUGCUUACAAGCAAUGCGACGAUCUCAUUGAAAGUUUCAAAAAAGGAAAGCUGGAGAAGUCACCCGGCUGUAACCUGGAACAGACGCUAGAAAACUCCAUCUCCGGUAUCCUUUCCAAGGUCAGACAGCAGGCUGGUGACUACUGCAUUGAUACACUGAGCCGCAACAAUGCCCCGCUCAUCAUGGCCAAGUCUGGCUCCAAGGGUUCGGAUAUUAACGUUGCUCAGAUGGUGGCCCUGGUCGGCCAGCAAAUUAUUGGCGGUCAGCGAGUUCCUGAUGGCUUCCAGGAUCGUAGUUUACCACAUUUCUUCAAGAAUGCCCGACAACCUCCCUCCAAGGGUUUCGUCAAGAACAGUUUCUAUACCGGUCUUUAUCCUACAGAGUUCCUGUUCCACGCCAUUUCUGGCCGUGAAGGUCUGGUCGAUACUGCAGUCAAGACUGCCGAAACCGGUUACAUGUCGCGUCGAUUGAUGAAGUCUCUGGAAGAUCUUUCCACACAAUACGAUGAUACGGUCCGGACGUCCGGCGGCACGGUCGUUCAGUUCCAGUUUGGUGGUGAUCGCCUGGACCCUGUGGAUAUGGAGGGCUCCGGCGCACCGGUACAAUUCGUUCGGACGUGGCGCCAUGCUGAAAAUACUACAUGGGACAAUGAUGAGCCAGCUCUGACUCCAAAUGAGGCCCGUGAGCUGUGUGCUAGUAUGCUGGCCGCCGAGCGGAAACGAUUCCCUCGCAAAGGCCUGUUGCAUGGCGAGGAGCUUGACUACGACGAUGUCAGUGACUAUGCUGUCGAUGAGCACGAAGGUGCGCGAAAGUUCAUCGUCGAAGUGGAAGAUUUUGUCGGGGGCCUGACCAACAAGCUGGCGAGAGUCCGCGCCCUGGCCGGUCUUUCUGGUAAUGAGAAGAUGCGGACGGCGGCACAAGACCACGCCGACCGCACAGCCAAGAUCACAGCAACAACACUACGGCUGUUCAUCAAGCUGUGUCUACACAAAUACAAGAAGGCUCAGGUAGAACCUGGACACGCCGUCGGUGCUGUCGGGGCGCAGUCCAUCGGUGAACCCGGCACCCAGAUGACUCUGAAGACUUUCCAUUUUGCUGGUGUCGCUGGUAUGAGUAUCACACAGGGUGUGCCUCGUAUCAAGGAAAUUAUCAACGCAUCCAAGGUCAUCAGUACUCCGGUUAUUACCUGUCCUUUGAUGAACAGUCAGCAGAUUGAGGCUGCCAAGGUUGUCAAGGCGCGCAUCGAAAAGAUCUUUUUGCAGGAUGUGUUGCACUACAUCGAAGACGAGUGGCGGCCGGACGAAGGCAACGUGGUGGUGCAGGUGGACAGACAGGCGCUGGCGGAUAUGCAUCUCGGUGUGAGCAUCCACGACAUUGCGCAGGCCAUCUGCAAGGACCGCAAGAUGAAGAUCCAGCCGACAGACGUGGCCAUCAUCGGCGACCGCAUCUCGAUUCGCGUGCGCGACAACUCGAGUGUGGUGGCCAAGCGCACAACCCGCAGCAAGACGGCCGAGGAUCCGAGCGACAUGCUGCUGCGAGCCAACGCCCUCCGACGCAUGCUGCCGGCGCUGCCCAUCUCAGGGUACCCGGACGCGUCGCGCGCGCUGAUCGAGACGUGCGAGGACAGCACGCACCGGGUGCUGGUGGAAGGCUACGGGUACCAGGCAUGCAUGACUACUGAGGGCGUGGUGGGAACCAAGGUGCGGACCAACAGCGUGACGGAGUGCAACGACGUGCUGGGUAUCGAGGCGGCGCGGACGACGAUUGCGUUCGAGAUUGAGCAAGUGAUGAAGUUCAUGGAGAUUGACCACCGGCACAUGCAGCUGCUGGCGGACGCGAUGACGUUCAAGGGCGAGAUCCUGGGCAUCACGCGCUUCGGCCUGUCCAAGAUGCGCGACAGCGUGCUGCACCUGGCGUCGUUUGAGAAGACGCCGGACCACCUAUUCGAGGCCGCGGCCGGCAUGAAGACGGACAAGAUUGAAGGUGUUAGUGAGGGUAUCAUUAUGGGCCAGGGCAUGGCCGUCGGCACCGGCGCAUUCCAGGUCGUGCGACGGCUGGGCAUCGCGGCGGCGGACGUGGGUCAGCGGGAGACGCUGUUUGAGGACGCGUGGACGGCGGAGACGAAGAGAAGGCGGAAGCACGCGUGA